AUGAUGUCUCUCGAUGAUCAUACAGCAGAUCUGUUUGCUAGCCCCAAUCCUAGCUCACAUCCUUCCAUCGAAGAAAAGAAAGGCUCAACGACGGCUAGCCGCCAAGAUACUUCAUCUUCAGUUGCGCAAAGCGGAUCAAAGAGGCCUCAUAGUACCGAUGAGUCGGAAGACGGUAGCCAGGCGAGCCCCCAAGAUGGCCCUAAUUCCCUUGAGGACAAUAUGUCAGAUGAUUUUGGCCUAUCUGCGACCGCGCCCGGCGACGGUACUGAACUGGGAGGCAAGUUGAAGGAGAAUAAGACGGAUCCCACUCCAGCCUGGAGUGAAUUAAAGACCAAGGCAGGGAAGGAGAGAAAGCGGUUACCACUGGCAUGUAUUGCUUGUCGGAGAAAGAAGAUCCGCUGCUCGGGAGAAAAGCCGGCUUGCAAGCAUUGUCUCCGCUCAAGAAUUCCUUGUGUAUACAAAGUUACUACUCGAAAAGCUGCCCCAAGGACCGAUUAUAUGGCUAUGCUGGACAAACGGCUCAAGCGGAUGGAGGAUCGAAUCAUCAAAAUCAUACCAAAGAAUGAACAGGAUACAUCGGUCGGCAACGUAGUCCGCGGUGUGGUCAAACCCGUGCUGCCAGGGACACUAUCUCAAAACAAACAACAAUCGGGCAAAAAGCGCGUGGCAGAUGAAGCAUUUGGGGCCGAGCUAGAGCAUUGGGCUCGUGGUUCAACGAGACCAAGGAUGGAUGGCUCAGGUAAGCCUACUGUUACGUCGUUGCAAGUACACGAGGCGGAGGAAAGCAAGCUACUUUUUGAGGGUGCAGAGUCACUUCCCCCCAAAGACGUUCAAGAACACUUGGCCGAGGUCUUCUUCGACAACAUCUAUGGACAGGCAUAUCAUUUGCUCCACAAACCGAGCUUUAUCAGGAAAUUAAAGGCGGGAACCCUACCCCCCGUCCUCAUACUGUCCGUGUGCGCUGUCUCCGCAAGGUUCUCUACUCACCCAAGGUUUGGUACGGUGAACAACUUCCUCCGUGGAGAGGAGUGGGCUGCGCCAGCUCGCGACAUCGUCAUUCGAAGAUACGAAUGGCCAAAUAUAACCAUCUUAACGUGCUUACUCCUCCUUGGCCUGCAUGAGUUUGGAACAUGCCAUGGUGGCAGAAGCUGGUCUCUGGGUGGACAAGCCACUCGAAUGGCUUAUGCAUUACAGCUACACAAGGAUCUAGAGUACGACCCUAUGCGUCCAAACCCAUCGACUCAGCUCAGCUUCAUAGAUAGAGAGAUCAGGAGGAGGACGAUGUGGGCUUGCUUUCUCAUGGAUCGAUUCAACUCCUCUGGCACGGACCGGCCAAUGUUUGUCAAGGAGGAAACUAUCAGGAUACAGUUGCCUAUCAAGGAGAAGCUUUUUCAGCUCGAUAUGCCCGGGCCAACAGAAGACCUGCAAGGUCGGGUUCCCCAUCCAGUGCCUACUGAUGAAGGUCAGCUUUCUGACGCCAAGGAUAAUAUGGGCGUAGCAGCAUACAUGAUCCGCGCUAUUGCCCUAUGGGGAAGAAUCAUCAGUUUCCUGAAUCAAGGGGGCAAAGAGAUCGAUGAAUUAUCGAUGUGGGAUACUGACUCCAUGUAUUCCAGCCUUCUCAAGCAGGCCGAAGAAUUUCCAGAAAACCUACCAGACGGGCUCAAAUAUAAUUCGGAAAAUCUCCAUUUACACAAAACAGAGGGAAUGGCUAACCAAUUCCUCUUUUUACACAUAUCAGUCCAACAGAAUAUCUUAUUCAUGAAUCGCUUCGCAGUAUCCUCUCCAAGCGGUAUUUCCAAGGCCGAUGUACCGCAGACGUUCGUAACUCAAGCUGGAUCAAGAGCAUUCGCGGCGGCUAACAAGAUAUCCGAACUUCUUAAAGACUCAGAGCCAUACAUGAUAGCCGCCCCUUUUGUCGGCUACUGUGCAUUCUUGUCAAGUACUGUACAUAUUUUCGGGAUCUUCUCUGGAAAUGCUGCAGUGGAAACAGCAGCGAAAAGAAAUCUUGCAACGAAUGUCAAAUUCCUUUCCAAGAUGAAGCGCUACUGGGGAAUGUUUCACUUUAUGGCGGAGAAUCUCCGUGAACAGUAUAAGACUUGUGCUGAUGCGGCGAGGCAAGGAACACCAGCAAACGACAACUCCACUUUGUCCCCCAUAUUUCAAUAUGGAGACUGGUUUGACAGAUAUCCGCAUGGUGUAUCGCAGACUGAGUACGUGGAACCCGCUUCAGGGAAGAAAAAGGAGACGGGCGACGACGCGGUUCUGGAGCAGAAGCCUGAGCUGCACACUGUUGAGGAGUUUUUUACACAACUUUCACCACCACCUAGCACAAAUGAGGGACGAGAGGCCCCAGGACCGACUAGACCACCGCUCAUAAAGCGUAAGUCUCUGGCUAGGAAAGGUAGCAAUGCACGUGCCGACCAACAACAACAACUUGAGCCUCUACUCACCGACCUUAACGGCACAAGCCUACCUGAACAAAUUCAACAGAGGAUCCAGCAAGCGCAACAGCAACAGGCCCAGCGGAACUUCCGCUUGAGUGCCCAGACCAAUGGUCCUCCCCCUCUUCAUCGCUUAUCUCAUGGACGAGUACGGUCACAUUCCGCCGCUGCCCCUUACCACGCCAUGUCGCCCAUCUCGCCUAUUGUGGGCGGAUUCUCGCAUGGACUGCAUGGCCAUGGGAAUCAUUACCCUGCGGCACUGUACAAUCAGGAUCUCUUUUCUCUGUCACUAGCAAAUCAGACCGGUCUGCUACCACAACUGGACCGCCAGCUUGUGUUCAAUGCGUAUGGCGGACUAGAUCCCGCCACUAUCAGCGGUCCUGAGGCGUUGAUGGAUUGGGAUGCCUUGGCAGGGCACGCUUCUGGUGCUGGUGGGGGGAACAACAUGAAUGGAACCAAUGGUUCUCGUGACGACUCGGGUUUGCACGAUGGUUUGCCUGCUAGUUUCGUCCCAGAGCCAAGCUCGGCAUGGUUUAUGCCGUUCAACAUGGAUCCACCCGAAUUGGGUCAGGAUCUAGGAAAUGGAAUGGGUGACACAUUUGGGAUGUUCAGUCCAGGGAGCUCAUUGGGGUUGCGACGAGGUGGUCGUUAA